AUGCCGAUAUCGAUUCAGCGGCACGCGCUCGCCAAGAAACCGGUGAGGCAAGGUCGCCGAAACCGGCCGUUGACCCCGCACGGGCCGUUCCAAGAAGCCCGCCCCGCGUCGGGCCGUGCCGCGGCGCGUUUGAUGUUCGCUCGCGGAUCGCUAUUGAUGGGUACGCUCGCCCCCGCCUUCAACGUUACCAAAGACCUCGAUAAUUCGCCAUCCCCUUUCGAGUCCACGGCCGCCGCUGUACGUAAUGACUGGGCGCUCGAAAGGACAAAUAACGCGUCGCGUGCACAUGGCAAGGCUAGGGCGCUACCCUCGCCGAGAGGCAUCAUCGCACCGCAAAUUUCG